AUGUCGACUGUUACGGUUUCGACACCGGUCAAAUCCCACAAGGGGCUUUUCUCCUCUCGCACUGCUGGCGGACGCAUGCCACUUACACCAUCUCCACGCCAGCAGUCGACAACGACCACCGUCCCUGUGAACCUCAACUCGUCUCCCUACACCCCCGAUGGCUCGGGAAAGAAAGAUUGCCGUGCUACCAAAAGUUCUAAAUCCACCUAUGGUGGUAACCUCAUGUCACAUCUGUCACGCUCCGUAUCAAUGGCUUCCAGUCGCGGUUCCCCCAAGUCCAAUAUUGCCCUCGGUGCGCAAACACCUCGCAAGGCCUUCGAGCUGGGCGUCUCUGAUUUCACCUUGACGGGAACUGGUGCUCCCAAGACUCCCGCCAGCACCAAAUCCAAGAAGGGGUCUCUCCGCGUCAAGCCCACCAAGACGACAAUCAAUUAUAGCGGCGACCGCUUCAUCCCAAACCGAAGCUCAAGCUCAGCCAUUGCCAACGCUGGCUCUAGCAAGCUCGAUCUUUCUGAGAGACAACGGCCCAAGUCCAGUACUAACGGCUCGUCUGCCCUGGCCUCAGCCGCAGAUGACGCUGCCGCUGCCUUUGAGCGGUUAGACUUGAAUACCGAGGAAACCGACACUUACACGAAGCCUUCUCCCAAUACGGUCGCCUACCAAGACUCGCUCGCCGACGCCUGUGGUGUCAAGCUUAAUACUCGUAUUUUGGAGUUCAAACCUGCUCCGCCCGAGUCUUCCAAACCUAUCGACCUUCGCCAACAGUACAACAGACCCCUCAAGCCUGUCGGCGUCAGCUCUGCUCAGAUCCGCAGGCGCAUCGCUACUGCUCCUGAGCGUGUACUUGACGCCCCUGGCCUGAUUGAUGACUACUACCUCAACCUUCUCGACUGGAGCUCCGGCAACCAAGUGGCCAUCGGUCUAGAACGCAACGUAUAUGUGUGGUCAGCGGACGAGGGCAAUGUUAACUGCUUGCUCGAGACCAGCCCCGACACAUACGUCAGCAGUGUCAAGUGGUCUGACGAUGGUGCCUAUGUUGGUGUCGGUCUAGGGACGGGCGAGGUUCAGAUCUGGGACGUCUCCGAGGGGCAGAAGAUCCGCAGCAUGUUUGGCCAUGAUACCCGAGUUGGUGUGAUGGGCUGGAGCAAGCAUCUUCUUUCCACUGGCGCCCGAAGCGGCCUCGUCUUCAACCACGACGUGCGGAUUGCUGAACACAAGGUUGCAGAGCUUGUGUCACACACCUCUGAGGUUUGCGGUCUGGAGUGGCGCUCUGAUGGUGCGCAGCUUGCUACCGGCGGCAACGACAACCUAGUUUCCAUUUGGGAUGCCCGCUCGCUGUCUGUGCCCAAGUUCACCAAGACCAACCACAAGGCCGCCGUCAAGGCGCUCGCCUGGUGCCCUUGGAACAUGAACCUGCUGGCUACCGGUGGUGGCUCCUAUGAUCGUCACAUUCAUUUUUGGAACUCGACGUCGGGCGCUCGCGUCAACAGCAUUGAUACUGGCUCUCAAGUGACUUCUCUCCGCUGGAGCCCUCACUACCGCGAGAUUGUCAGCUCCUCUGGCUUUCCCGACAACUCCCUUAGUGUCUGGAGCUAUCCUACCCUUGUUCGCAACGUCGAGAUUCCUGCUCACGAAAGCCGUGUUCUCCACAGCUGCUUGAGCCCAGACGGCCAGAUGCUUGCCACCGCUGCUGCAGACGAAAGCUUGAAAUUCUGGAAGAUUUUCGAGAAGAAGGCUGGCUCGUCGGCUGGCGCUGGCACAUCAGGCUCGUCGAGCAAGGCCGAGAUGGCCAAGUCCAUGACCAUUCGAUGA